UCGAAAUUUGAACGUUAGGAAAAGGAAAAGGAAAAAUUAAAGUCAGUGUUUGUCGCGCAAAUCGAGCGUUCUCAUACAAUAUUUUUGUUAUCUCUUCUUCUCCGAUCUCUGCGUCCUGCUCUCUCUAUCGCUACCACCCCUCGUUCCCUCUUGUUUUUUCUUUUCUUUUUUCUUUUACGUCGUUUACUAAUCUCUCUGAUCCGGUUUGUGGCGUUGUUAAUUAGUGUUCCUUUUUUUGCUUUUUCUUUCUCUUUGUUAUCAACAUAAAGAAAGAAUGGGACAACAAUCGUUGAUCUACAGCUUCGUCGCUCGUGGUACGGUGAUCCUCGUAGAAUAUACCGAGUUCAAAGGUAAUUUCACCUCCGUAGCCGCUCAGUGCCUACAGAAGCUUCCGUCCUCGAACAAUAAGUUUACCUACAAUUGCGACGGUCAUACUUUCAAUUACCUCGCUGAUAAUGGCUUCACCUAUUGUGUCGUUGUUGUGGAAUCUGCUGGGAGGCAGAUACCAAUGGCUUUCUUGGAGCGAGUCAAGGAGGAUUUUAGCAAGAGAUACGGUGGUGGCAAAGCUUCUACUGCUAAAGCCAACAGCUUGAACAGAGAAUUCGGGUCUAAAUUGAAGGAGCACAUGCAGUACUGUGCGGAUCAUCCUGAGGAGAUUAGCAAACUGUCCAAGGUUAAGGCUCAAGUGACUGAAGUGAAGGGUGUUAUGAUGGAGAACAUUGAGAAGGUCCUUGACCGUGGUGAGAAAAUCGAGCUAUUAGUUGACAAAACUGAGAACCUUCGCUCACAGGCACAAGAUUUUAGAACACAAGGAACAAAGAUGAAAAGAAAGUUGUGGUUUGAAAACAUGAAGAUAAAGCUCGUAGUCUUCGGCAUCGUCGUUGCUUUAAUUCUCAUCAUCAUUUUGUCUGUUUGCCAUGGCUUCAAGUGUUAAACACUAUCCACAGACCAACACCGCUACUAAUCUGAUUAGAGAUCCUCCCAGUAUAGUUUAUCCCUUUUUCUCGUUCUCUUUUGUAUUUUCCUACUUUUAUGCAUAAACAUGUGACUCGGUAGUCGGUACCAAGAAUGAUCCUUAGGAAACCAACUGUUUUUAAGCAUUUCUUUGAUUUACUUACUAUAUAGGUCAGGCUUUUAUACUUUUGUAUUCUAUAUGAUGUCUAAGGAUCAGCUUUAUAUACUCACAACUGUUAUAAAUAUAUUGUAUUAUGUGGAUGCCCAUUAUCGGCCCAUUAGUGUAAACCCUAAACCCUAAAGUUGUAUCA